AUGACGUCAAGUAAUGCUGUAAAGUUGAAUAUAAAUACUUUAGAGACUAUUGAAAAUGAGUUUAAUAUUGAUUUUAUUAAUGAAAUAAAUACAAACAGAACAGUUUUUGAACAAGAAACUUUUAAAAUAAAUGAAACGGAUAUAGGAUUUGAUGAAAACUUCGAAUCUGAUAGUGAAUUUGAUAGUUUUGAAAGUGAAGAUGAAGAAAUCCCGGAUAAUAAUGAUGAGAGUGACAUAAUAAUUGAGCAAAAGAAAUCAAAUAAUUUAACGUCAUGUGUAUUAAUUGAUAAAAUAGAUGGCAGAAUUCAAAGAUGUAAAAAUAAAGAAAGUUUUCGAACAUUAUGGCAAUUGGUUGGAGUAUGGCAGAUAGAUAAUGAAGGAGUCUCAGAAGUAAAUGGAUCUCUGGAAAAGUUAGGAGUGUGCAGAAAUGGUUGUUCAAAACAUUCAUGGAAAUUACUAGGAAAAAGUAUACAAAUUGCGUGCAAUGGACAACAUACAUGUCCUGCUCUUGGAGAAUGUAAUCUAAUUUGUAAGACUGCGUUAAAAGAUAUAAAAUAUUCACGUUACAUUUGUUCAGAAUGUUAUGAAUUAGAAGGUGGUCACUUUCAUGUAAAACCUGGAAAAGGCAAAUUACUAGAAACGUAUAUUGAUCAAAAGUACCAUGAUGAAGAUCCUAAAAAAAAUUUGGAAAUAAUUGCACGUUGGCUUUUUUAUGUUAAAAAUAAUAAGAAUAAAGAAUAUCAAGAGAAGGUUCUUGGAAUAUUUUUACCUACCUAUCUUCAAUUUUUAAAUGCAAAUUACUUGUACGAAAUAAAUACAGAAAUUGUUUCUAAUCAAAGUCAAUCGAUUACUACAUCCUCCAACACAUCUCAUAAUUUUUUCACCCCAACAUUAUUAAAACUUCCUACUUUUUUUAUGGUUCGAGUAUUAACGCGCUUAAAUCAAAUUCCAAUUUAUCCUGAUGAAAAAGAAUUAGAAGAUGAUGAUUUUGAAAAACUUGGAAAAUUAGCUGGAGAUAAACUAUGGCAAUCAUAUAAACGUUUAAAGACUAACAAAAUUUACCUUCAAUCUCCAACUAAUAUCACUGAAUAUAUCGAUGCAUUUCCUAAAUUCUUGAAAAUAUUUUUUGAAAAAAUGUUUUUACAAUUGGAAUUAAAAAAAAUAAUACGAUCAAAUCAAUACAAAAUAUUACAUAAUAAACCUUUGAAAAAAUCUGACCCUCAAAAAAUAAAUAAGACAAUUUCUUUUUUACUUUCAGUAACGGUAGGAUAUGCUUUUCCUUAUUUCGAUCUUUGGCUUCCUACUAUAUUAUCAUCAUUAAUGAAGGAUAUUAACCCCACAAAACGGUUGAUAAGAGGAAAUAAUGUGUUCAACUUGGCUAUAAUUGAUAACAUCAAUUUUAAAGAAGUUAGCUUUAGAUUCGGUAAUAUAUAUGAUGUAAUACGUGGAACUUCACAUGCAACCCUCAGAAUGGUAUUUCAGUCAAUAUUACCUAUACUUACUAAUGAAACACCUGAACCAGUUAGGGAAUUAAAUGUUGAUACUCAACUUUUUGGAAUGACAUCAGGAAUGCAUACAAUGCAAGCAAAAAUUGAUCAAACUUUUGAAAAAUUGUUAAAUUUUCAAAUGGAUAUAAAUGGAAAUAUAAGCUAUAACAAAAACUUAGACGUUGAGAUUAUUGAAAAAGAAAUUCUAAGCAAAUGUGAAUUUGGUUGUUUAAUUCCACCUCCUAAUAUAGUGAUUUUAACCCCUACUGGUUCUCCAAAUGAUGACAAUGAGAUUUUUCAUGCUACACAAAUGUACAAAGAAGAAUUCCUACUAAAUGAUGAUGAAUAUCUAGAUAUUUGCGCAGAUGAAGCUAUCUUUAGGAGGUUAAUCAAAUCACGUACUCAAUGGGAAAAAAUAAGACCCAUAUUAGGGGCAAUUGGUGUUCGUUUUUUGGAUAAACUUCAAGCUGUUGUCGACUAUAGAUCAAUAAAAAGAGACAUUACAGCUGGACCGAUAAAUGAAAAUAUAUGCAUUAGAGUUUGGUAUUUUUAUUAUGAAUAUUUUGCAAUGUGGAAAAGUCACCUUAUUGGAAUACGCAUUGGUAACUAUAAAUUACAACAGGACAGUCUAACAGCUUUUGCACUUCUCUUUCCAGCUGCAGGCAAAAAUAACUAUAUAACAUCUGUUGCUCAUUUUCUAUCAAUUCUUAAAAAAUUUCCCAAGUUAGAAGAAAAACUCCAAUAUUGUACUUCUAUUAAUUUGGCAAGAAAAGGACACUACCCAGCAUUUGAUGAAGCUUUGGAAAUGCGUGGUGUUGGGUAUAUCAAACAAAAUAUAAUCGGAAAAGUUGUUGAUCAGGAAAAUUUAACUCUUCAGAUCCAAGCCACUCAAGAAGAAAGGAAGAGAAUUGAUACAUUAUUAAAUGAAUUUUUAGACCCCUAUAAUUAUGACAGGAAUGAUCGUAAAGUGAACAACAGAAUUGAUCCUUUAUGGAAGUUGAUAGAAAAUUUGGUUGAGAUUUUUCAAAUGGAUAAUUAUACAGAUCAUGAACUUUUUAAAAAAAAUCCGCCAUCACAAUUAACUCCAGAAGGUUUAAAAAAAUUGAGCAGUGCUUAUAAUGAAGGAUUGAAAAGAAUAAAAGACGUUUAUUGUCAGGAAGUCAUUAAAACUGAACGGAUAAAUACAAAAGGAAGACACCAUUUGGAAAUAGUUAAAACAGAUAUAAGAUCGAUAUUAAGUUCGUUAUUACUUAAAGAUACAAUGCCAACUGAAACAGAAAUUAAUAAUGUUUUAAUAAAUUUACCAGCUGAAUGGGAUAGUCAGAGAGUUAAACAUUAUUAUAAUAAUAAUAAGAUGUCCAAAAAAAAGAAAUAA